UCGCGUUAGCCUUCAGAUACCCAAAAAUCACCACUUCCAAGAAAUCCAACGAAGACUAAAUUAGAGCACAGGCCUGCGGUCAUGUCCUGUGUCCUCUACGUGAAGUCUUGCUUGAGAUGCUGACUCACUUCAACCUGAUCAAUGCAUGAAACCGUGACAUCGGGGGGUAAAUUUGGGGUCAAAAAAUGCCAGUGGUUCACCAGUGAUUUUCCAAACUAGAGGCGUUGCGAUGGAGGGUCACUAUUUCAUUCAACAGAUGCUUCGAAUCAUAGUACAGCGUGUAGGCUGUGCGUGCGAGUCGACGCCGUGCACGUUGGUUGUUGUUGUGAAACGGGAGAAGAACUGGUGGUACGGCAUCCAACUACUUAUCAUAGGCUUUAGAUGUGUUUUUACUAGAACCACAGUGUGAAUUUGAUUCACAACCACUAAAGCUCUUCCUUUCAUGCCUCCUCGUAGCCGCAUCACAAGUCCGUUAUGUCGUGCCCCGUGGAGCAGCACACGUUGGCCGUAGUGACUUCGAUAUUGGACAGCCAACUCUUUACAUAUUCAUCGUCCCACUUGAUAUUGAUUUCGCACUUUCGGUGGAGUAUCACAACUCGACUGGGUCGAAAGGUCUAAAGUCCUGCUGCUUGACCUGGAGAAGUUGCAACAACAAGCACCUCUUCACUUUUGCAACCAACUCAACCAACUAAACCGUUCUCUCUAUCAACAUGUUCUCCACCAAAGUUAUCACCUCUGUCGUCGCCACAGCUAUACUUUUCGCUGCUCAUGCUCAAGCAGACACCACCAUCCCUCGCGCCGCCUUGAUCGCCACUGACCCAGUCGCGGCGUGCAACCCUCCAAACAAUGGAGACCAUACCACUGGCUCGAGCUGCAAGUUCUUCUCUGGACCCUCUGACAACUCCCCCGUCAUCUCUGGCACCUGUGCUCCCCAAAAUGGAGUCCUCACUUGCGUCCAGUGAUUGGUUCAACAGCCCGAUAUACAGUCUACAGUAGUGUCGAGUAGAGAGAAGUUGAAGCUCGAAUUCACACUCGAACAAUGAAUGUACCAUGCACUCGAAUUCCAUGAUAUUUGCUAUUUUCC